ACUACGUUGACCAACAUGCUUUGCGUCAAACACUUCCUAGUUACUCUGCGCCCUGGUUUCCUUUUUCUGUCAGCUGGUCGAGCUACAACAACAAUACCUGUCAGGACGACCGUUUUGGUGGAGUUGGUCUGAGGACGGAAAGCUCUGCUCAUCACAUGAUCAGGAGUCUGCAGAGCCUGGAUGGAGGAUUUCAGGCGGAUAUACCUCCGUCUGUGUAAGGAGGGCGGCGUGGAGCCUCAGGAGGGGGUUGUAGCUCAGCUCCAGGAGAGCAGGUCUGCUCAGGGCUCCAGACUGGACCUGAGUGGACAGAGCCUGUCUGCAGAUACCUGCUCGGUGCUGGCUAAGGCCUUCCAUAAGGAUACUGUCUUUACUGAGGUGUCAUUCAGCGACUGCAUGCUCAGCGAGGAGGGUGCCAGAGUGCUCCUCAGUGGACUGUUUGACAACACGACUGUCAAAGUCCUGGAUCUGAAGGGCAAUAACCUGAGAUCAUCAGGAGCUGAGACUCAGAUUAAACUUUUGUUUCAGUUCCUAAGCCUGAUGGAGACCAUAGACAGGCAGAGGGACGAGAUGGGACGCUCCAGUAGGUCAACCUCCGUUCAGAUCGGCCAACUUCAGGAAGCUCUGAACGAGAGAAAGUCCGCUGUCAACUCUCUCACCGCAAAGCUGCAGAUGACAGAAGCUGCCCUCGCACUCUCUGAGCAGAAAAACCAAAACAUGGGAGAGCUGCUGUCUCGACUGAAAGCUGAGAAAGAAGAACAGAGGGAACAACACAGCAAAGACAGGAAGAAAGAGCACGAGGACGCUGCACUGAGACAGGGAAAACUCCUCAGAGACAUCCAGAACCUGACAGACACCAACGGUCAGCUGAAGACUAACGUGGAGGAGGUGGAGCGCAGGUGUAAGUCUCAGCAGCAGCUGAUCUUUGAGCUGAAGCAGGAGCUGACCACCAGCACAGCUGAGCUCAAGCUGCGACUAGCCCAGGCUGAAGACCGCUUGGAAUCAGAGAAGCGACGGUCCAAGCAAGCCCUGGAUGACAUGGACAGUCUCCGGCAGAAAGAGGUGGAGCAUAUAAACCGACAUCUAGAAGAAAGCGAGCGGGCCCUGCAGGAUCGCAUUUUCAAACUGGAGGGACAGCGGAUACAACUGGAGGAGGUCAGAGGUCACACCACUCAAACUGCAACGCAACAUACAAGUAUUUAUAUGUUUACCACAAUCAAAGUGAUCCGUGCCAGUGUUACAUCAUCCAAAUCUACCGUCCACAGCAUUUCCUUCUGUGUUGAUUCCUCUGAGCAGCAGGAGCACGUGUCGUCCUUGGAGGAGAAGCUGCGCUCGGUGCGUUCAUCCCUGCAGGAGGUCCAGCUGCACUGUUCCCAGCAGAAGCAGACCAUCUCUGAGCUGCAGGCCAAGAACAGCCAGCAGAGCAUUGAGAUGGACGGACUACGACGCAGAAUAGAGGAGCUGCAGCAGGAGCUGUGCUGUAAAGACCAGGAGAAGGUGGCUGAGGUGAGCCGGGUGAGGGUGGAGCUGCAGGAGCAGAUUGGACGUCUCCAGGCAGAGAGGACGGCUCAGGGAGCACUUAAAGAGAAGAUCAACGCUCUGGAGAGAGAGCUUAAAGUGCUGAGUAGUAACCACAGGGAGGCUCUUCUGGACAAAGAGAGCGAGAUGUCUUCCAUGUUGGAGAAGCUGCGGCUGAAGGAGGCAGAGAUCCAUAGGAUUAGGGAGGAUGAGGCCAACAGAGCCAGCUAUUUGCAGAGUGCCGUCCUCUCGUACAUCCACGGUUCUCCUCUGGGACACCACAGCAGCCUCCAGAAAUGAGCCAGCAGGGCCUCUCGCAGGGGUCCCGCAAUGGGCAGGACAUCUACUGGGCAAUAUAAGGCAUAGCUCCACAGAGCUGAAGAAUAUUCUGACGUGGACGAUCAGUGCUUGGCAAUAUGAGCAUCUGAUAAAUAAUAACCAUUCCUAACAUAAUGUUAAAAAAUGACAAAUCUCAUCAGGACGUGCUGGGUUCAAUGGUGUGCUACUUUCUUUUUUUAUUGCUACUUUUAAUAAAUACACAGCGCACUUUUUAGUGCCAACACUUUCCACUUGUGUGAAAUGAGUGAGUGUAGUAGAAACAACGAGGUUUUCAAAUGAUGAAAAAUAAGAAUCAGCUGUGCAUUUGUAAAAGGAACUUUGGCUUCACUGAAUGAUGGAGCGAAUGGAUUUACAGUGGCUGAGGGGAAGAAGAGAGAGCUGUCUGAAUAAAUACUGAUUUCAGAAACUCCUAACAGUCCAGAGGCUGCAAGGCAGCCAUCACACAUCUGCAGAUGUUUCACAGUCACACAGCUGUUCUCACACAUCCAGGACAUGGUGACUGUGACCUUCCACAUGUGAAGGUCAACGCUGCUGAAAGAGUCCUGUGAUCAGAACCUGGUCUUGUGUCAUAAAUGUCCAUUUUUAUGUCCUUAGCUCACACAGUACAUGUGAUAAACUGUACUUAGCUUUUACUGCAAGCGAGCGUCAUUUCUGCCACAUUUCUCCAGUUUGAGUAAACGUACGUGUUUACAGUCAACAUGAUAUUUGGUUCAGAUAUGCCUUAAUAUUGUAUACUAGACACUGAUGCAAAGCAGGACACCUGCUGUUUUUACAUUUUAUAAUGAAAGUCCAAAUAAAGCUGUUCUGUUUCAGGUCUGCUAUCAGCGACAAA